GUAGCAGCACUGCUAUCUUAUUGUUAUUAUUAUUAUUACUAUUAUUAUUAUUAUUAUUAUUAUUAUAUAUUGUUCGUGCGGUAGCCCCGAUUAUAAGCAAAAAAAAUAAUGAUAUUGUUGUCUCGUUGUCGCGUCGAUCAUCAUCGGUGCGUCGUACGUCGGGUGUAGCCGGGUGUUUCGUUCUCGUCGCGUUCCGUGUUUUUUAAUAAAUGAUACUGCCGCCGCCGCCGUCGCGCUCGCAUCAUUACCGACGACAACGAUAACGACACACCGUCGCCGCCGCCGCCGCCGCCGCCGACGACAACAACAACAAAAACAACGUCGACGACUGUAGAGACGUACUCUCUGCCAGUCGACCGCACGGACUCGACUACCGAACGUCGUCUGCACAACGAUCGCCGUCGUCCGAAACAAUAAUAGUUGUGAUAAUAAUAACCAUUAUAUCCGUCGUGCCGCAUACUUUGUCGUGUCGACGGGCGUUCGCGUGCGUGUGCUGUGCGCGCCGCCAGUGCUGGACGUCUCCACCGCACCAGGUGCCUGCCGAGCGGCUCGUGUAGCCGAUAGUUCGUCGUCGUCGUCGCCGCCGCCGACUCGCGUAAUAUUACGGCGAUUUGCCGUUGUCGUGUCCGUCUGCCGUCGGUCCGCACGCAGAUCGGUCACCCCCCGACCGUCCACCCGUGUGUGUCUGGUGUCGCGCGCGCGAUCGUGAGAUCGUGUCUCCGGUCCCGCUCUCGUCUUCGGGUCGGUGUCUAAUGUCGACAUCACUACGACCGUUGCUUGCGCGUACGCCGUACGGGAAACGGGCAUUUUCAUCGUUCUUCCAGCAGUGACGACAGUCGCCCGGAAGCUUACGGCCGUCUCGCAGAUGUUCGCUGCUGAACCCGUCGCGCUAUCCGUCGCCGUUUCGACAAUGUGCCGGUUUCUGUCCGUCUGUUGAUCAACGCACAUCCCGCACACACCCACACACACACACACACACACACUGUCGGCAACGCCACCAGUCAAACGCAAACGAACAUGGACUUGCGACACAUAUUGUUAUAGCGAACAUAAAAGUGUCAAAAAGGAGAUGGCAAGAUUGAGCAGUGCAAAUGUAAAACUUGUAUUCUUCUUGUUGACUGUUUUAUUUCCUGUCACCUUAGCUAAAGAUACUUCUCGUUAUGAUACUGUUUAUGCCUGUGAGGGAAAACCUCUUAAAUUGGAAUGUAAAGAUGGUGAAAUCAUUCAUUUGGAUAGAGCUAUAUAUGGUAGAUAUUCUAUUACUGUUUGCAAUGAUCACGGUAAUACGGACUGGAGUGUCAAUUGCAUGUCCACAAAUACUUUACCAUUACUGCAAGCCAGAUGUAACGAAAAAAGGAAUUGCAGCAUACAAGCAAACACAAGUUUAUUUUCUGAUCCAUGUCCCGGUACUAUGAAGUAUCUUGAGGCACAAUAUCAUUGUGUUCCAGCAUCGCUAUCAACUACAACACUCAGACCAAAUCCUCCUUGGUUAAUAACAUCUCAACCCAGUGUUUGGAAUGCAGAUAAAUUAUUGACUCUGAAACCUGCUACACCAAUCCCACCAAUUUUAUCAUCACCGCAAUUAGAUGAUAUUGUUGGGUCUAGUGUAGAAGAAGAGCCUGUAUCAGUUUCUAUUACUACCACAAGUACAACUACAGCUGCUACACCAGAAGUUUCUAUUGUUGUUAAUAAUUUUAAAGAAAAUAAUUCCAAGACUGAUAAUGAACAACAUUUACAAUCAACAGGGGCAAUAACGACUGAAUGGAUUGUACCUACCAGUGAUUUACCACCACAGUUAAGCAUAAUUGAUGUUGAAGGAAUGGAUGAUAGAUUAUCAUUCUCAUGUCCUCCUGAAACAUCAAGAAGUUUAUUUUGGAAUUGGACUAAAUCAGGAGAAGAAGCUGUACAACCAUGUCCUGGUGGUGCUGCUGGUCUCGCUAGAUGGAGAUGUCAGACCUAUAUUAAAGGAGUAACAUUUAGAUCACCUCCUACACCGGAUCUGUCAGAGUGUCGUUCAGUAUGGUUAUCAAGUUUAGAAGGCAGACUUCAUCAAGGAGAUUCUAUUAUUAGUAUUGCAAAUGAUCUAUCACAAGUAACUGAUAGUAAACCAUUAUAUGGAGGUGAUAUGAUGACAACAACAAAAAUGUUACGAGAUGUAGCUCAAAAGAUGGAAAAAGAUAUGGUUACUUUUCCUGAUAAGCAACAACAGGAAGCUAUGGUUACAGAUUUAUUACAAUGUGUAGUUCGGAUUGGUAGCAAUUUGCUUAAUGCUUCUCAAUAUCCUUCAUGGAAAGACUUGACGUUUAGUGAACAAAUGCGUGUAGCAACAAGUUUAUUAAUUGGUUUAGAAGAAAAUUCAUUUCUACUUGCUGAUAUAAUGAUGAAGGAAAAGACAAUCACUCAUAGUGUUCAAAAUAUCCUGUUGAGUGUAAGAGUUAUUGCUACACAAAAUGUUGACACCGAAGUAUUUCCACAUUCAUAUUCAUCUAAUACUGGUUUUUUCAUGAACAAUACAUGGUUACAAUUGCAUAGAACAGCAUUGCUUGAGAAUAGUGAAGCAGGAUUUAUAAGGCUUGUUUACAUAGCAUUUGAUAGUCUAGAAAAUAUUUUACAACCUCAAUCAGCCAAUGGUGUUCGAAUAAUAAAUAGUAAAAUUAUAUCAGCAUCCCUUGGUAAAGGAAAACAUAUUCAAUUACACCAACCAGUAAAAUUAUGUUUUCAACAUCUUCAAAUCGACAACGUUAGUAAUCCUACUUGUGUAUUUUGGGACUAUACAGAAAACGGGUGGUCAGAAGAAGGAUGUUCUGUAAUAUAUUCAAAUCAAACUCAUACAUUAUGCAAAUGUAAUCAUUUGACAAAUUUUGCUAUAUUGAUGGAUCUUAAAAAUUCUGGCAGUGAACCUUUAAGCAUUGCAUCAAAUAAUAUGGUCAUGUACAUAAGUUGCAUAUUUUCUGGAAUUUGUUUUCUUUUGGCAGCAAUUACUCUACAACUGACUGUUAAAUCGAAUCGAACAGUAAUUUUGAAAAAUGUAUUUUUUUGCCUUUUCUUGGUUGAAUGUUUUUUUAUGUUUGGAAUCACACAAGAAAAUAUUGUAUUUAUUUGUACAAUUAUGGCAGCAAUUUUACAUAUUUUGCUGCUGUGUUCAUUUACAUGGACACUAAUUGAAGGUUUUCAUUUAUAUGCUACAUUAAUUGAAGCAUUUGACUCUGAAAAAUUGCAAAUGCGUUUAUAUUAUUUAGUUGGUUAUGGUGUUCCAUUGACAGUUGUUAUUGUAGCUUGUUAUAUGGAUAACACUUAUAUCUAUAAUACAAAUAAUUCUUUCUGCCUUCAAGCAAAUACUAUUAUUAUUUAUAGUAUAAUGUUUGUGGUUUCAGUAAAUCUAGUCUUUCUGUGUCUAUCAUUAUAUAUUAUUAAAAGUAAUUCUUCUAUGAUGUCAGUCAAAUGCAAAGAAAAUGUUAAAAUAACAUCUCUGAAGAUGUGGUUGAAAAGUGCUAUUUUAUUAUUUGUUUUCAUAACAUCAACAUGGACAUUAGCAUUUCUAUAUAUAGCAUCAUAUUCGACAUUUAUGUUGUAUUUAUUUUCAGCGGUAAAUUGUUCACAGGGAUUGUUAAUAAUAAUACUUUAUUGUAUUAAAAAUAAUUCAGUGUAUAAAGUUUUUUCUGAGUUAACAAUAAUUUCAUUUUUACCGUGGCAAUGCUGCUUAAUAAAUUCUACACCGGAAUUGAAUCUCAAUUAUAAAAAUCAAAGGACUAGUUUAUAUGGUACGUCAGUUGGCCAAAACAGUCAAGGUAGUAUAGCCGAGUCUUCAACACCAAGAUCUCUGUCAUCUCAUAGAAUGAAUACAUUCCAUCAACCUCAUGAGCGACAUGCCGUGACUAAAGUUGUUGAUAUCCAAAAUGAAAUGGAUCUGCCAAAUUUGGAUAAUACAAUGUGUAAUGAAGAUCCAAAAUCUGGAAUAUGUGGUGCGACGUUACCCUACUCCCGUUCUUGCCAAAAAAGUUAUUCACGUACCAAAUUGCCAAAAAAUUCUGCUGUAUUUACCAGUGGUACUCUUCAUAAACAGUCAUCUCAAAGCAAACCAAACAUCCAAGAUAAUUGUUUUACUUUAAACAAACCCACUUAUGUACAUAGUAGUCGUGGAGCACCUAACCUAUGCUCACUUCGAUGUAAUACUAUUGGUGAUGGUUUUGUUGACAACAAUUGUUCAUCAAAAAAAUACAUUGGAGUUAGUGGUGUACGAGCUACUAGUCCAUGGAAUCACACAUAUUCUGAAAUUAUGGGAGGCAUAUCUGCAUCUGCUGGAUUAGAUGAUCCGGUAUAUGAAGAGAUAGAACGUGAACGAGAGCGAGAACGAGAACAAGCUGCUCUUGUGUCUGAUUUGAGUGACGAAGAUGGUCGACGAAACAGUGAUAUGAGUCGUCAGUCAUCAAAGAGCUAUGGAGAUCAUAGGCCACUUAUUAUGGCUCCCACACAAAAUCCAGAAACUCAUAAUUUUCAUACAGCUCUCAAUGCAGCAUUUAGGCAGCAGCUUAAAGAACAAACAGCCAGAACAAUUGCUGUAUUGGAUGGGCAAACUGUUGUGUGUCAUUUGCAACCUGAGCAAAAUGAUGUGUUUAACCCCCAGACUAUUCAACAUUAUUCAUACGAAUGUUGAUGGCCUAUAUUAGAGGGUACCUAUUAAAAAUGUUCGUUAUGUGUAAAUAAAUUAACUUUACUACUGCUAAACCUUAAACAUGACUCCAUAAAAGUUACAUUAAAAAUAAAUAUGAAUAUAUUUAACAUAAAAUUUAAUUAAAUAAUAAUGUUGAUAGACAAAACUUACUUUGGUUUAAUGGUUAUUUCUUCUCUAGUUGAUAUCAAUACAUGAACAAUUUCUAUAAUUCAAACUUAUGAUAAAAAUGAGAUGAAAUGCUCAUAAUUUAUUCGAACUUCUUAAUAUUUUUAAUAAUACCUAUUCAGACUAUAAUAUUAAAUAACAUGAACAAUUGUAGGUAGGUCAUUCAGAUUUUUGAUGUUAAAAAAUGUUUUUUUUUUUUGAUAACAUACCUGUAUUAAUUUAAAUGAUAUCCUAACAUGAAUAAGCAUCUAAACUAUUCCUUAAAUAUCCAAUAAUUUUGUUUUAAAAAAACUAAUAACAUGGUAAAAUUCUUAGUGGAUUAUUUUAAUUAUUUGUGGUACCUAUGUUGUUAAUAUUAGAGAAAUAAAUUAAUAGAAUCUGAUGUAAUAUCGUCUAGUCCUAAAAACGAAAGCAAUAAAUUUAGAUCUUAAUAAAUAACAUAAUUGAUAUCAAAACAUGCAAUAACAAAAACCUGCAAUAUAUUAUUAGUGUUAAUUAAUCUUAGUUUUUAAUUAGAAAAUAUUUCAUUG